AGGGGAGGAGGGGAGCCGAGCCAGAGCGGAGAACGGCUGUCUGUGCUGCCGGAGCUUCUCAGGGACUAUCAACAGGGAGCGCAACCGACGACCGAGCUCAGAGCUGGGGGUAUGAGCGCUGCCAUAAUCCGCUCCCAUCCUCCUCUGGUCGGGCUUUUGUCCGACUGACAACCACCGGAUCAGAAGCUCCACUCGACCAGCUCUCGGACGAACCCGAUAUCGUAUCUGUGUUGUCCGUUGAUGACAGUGACAUCUGGCAACCAUGGAGCUGAGAGUGGGGAACAAAUACCGACUGGGGCGGAAGAUAGGGAGUGGGUCUUUUGGAGACAUUUACCUUGGUGCCAAUAUUGCGACUGGUGAGGAGGUAGCCAUCAAGCUGGAGUGUGUGAAGACCAAACACCCACAGCUGCACAUCGAGAGCAAGUUCUACAAGAUGAUGCAGGGAGGAGUUGGGAUCCCGUCGAUAAAAUGGUGCGGCGCGGAGGGAGACUACAACGUCAUGGUGAUGGAGCUGCUGGGGCCCAGUCUGGAGGACCUGUUCAACUUCUGCUCCCGCAAGUUCAGCCUGAAGACCGUCCUGCUUUUGGCGGACCAAAUGAUCAGUCGCAUCGAGUACAUCCACUCCAAGAACUUCAUCCACAGAGAUGUGAAGCCGGAUAACUUCCUUAUGGGUUUAGGCAAGAAGGGCAACCUGGUGUACAUCAUUGACUUCGGUCUGGCCAAGAAGUACCGGGACGCCCGCACGCACCAGCACAUCCCUUACAGGGAGAACAAGAACCUGACUGGAACCGCGCGCUACGCCUCCAUCAACACACACCUUGGAAUCGAGCAGUCAAGACGUGAUGACCUGGAGUCCCUCGGUUACGUCCUCAUGUACUUCAACCUGGGGUCCCUCCCCUGGCAGGGCCUCAAGGCGGCAACCAAGAGACAGAAGUACGAGCGCAUCAGCGAGAAGAAAAUGUCCACACCCAUUGAAGUUCUCUGCAAAGGAUAUCCUUCGGAGUUCUCCACAUACCUGAAUUUUUGCCGCUCGCUCCGCUUUGAUGACAAACCAGACUACUCCUAUCUCCGCCAACUUUUCAGGAACCUCUUCCAUCGUCAGGGAUUCUCCUAUGAUUACGUCUUUGACUGGAACAUGCUCAAAUUUGGCGCCAGUCGAACGACCGAGGAUGGGGAGCGUGAAAGGAGGACGGGGGACGAGAGAGACGAUCGGAUCGGAGGAGCCCCCAGGGGGUCUGCGUCCCGGGGCCUCCCCUCUGGUCCCGCCCCAGGCGCGCCCAACAGAGUCAGGAAUGGGCCGGAGCAAGCCAUCUCAAACCCAGCCUCACGGGUCCAACAGUCUGGCAACACGUCACCUCGUGCAAUAUCUCGCGCUGAGCGGGAGAGGAAGGUGAGCAUGCGUUUACACCGCGGGGCUCCUGCCAACGUAUCGUCCUCUGACCUCACGGCCCGUCAAGACCAGUCAAGGAUUUCCACGUCACAGGUCAGCGUGCCAUUCGAGCACAUGGGGAAGUAAACAUUCCCGGCUCUUCCUGCGCACACAAAUGACGGGGUUGCAAGGAAUCUUUGUCACUAUACCCUUCUUUACCCCUGUUCUUUAUACCUUGUUUAUUGAAAAGCUGUUUGUUAAUGGACAUGCAGGUUUUUUUUUUUUUUUUUUUUGGAACAAGACAUUAAACGUUUUAAGGAAGCAGGAAAACAUAUGAAGGUAUUCCACAUGCAUUCUUACCCUGACGGUUCUUGCCAAACGUUGGAUCAUCAUCACCCCCCAGAACGAAUAACAGCGCUGCACCUUGGCAGUUCCUCAUUCCUACACUGUUUCGUCGAAACAUUCCCUUGAUUCUUUGACAAAUGUGAAGAACUUGGUAUUGAAGGAGCAAAAAAAAAAAAAAAAAAAAAGAUUUCAGGGACAUGCAUGUUUCUUAUUAAAGGUGAGAUGCAGGCUUGGUAAUUUUUCUCAUUUUGUUUCCAGCUUUUAGCGCAGCAGAAGUAACGGUCAUCUUCAUCGUACAAGCUAUAUUAUAUUGAAGAUUGAUUUUUCCUUUUAUUUUUUUAUUUUUUUGUUUAAUUUGUUUUGUUGAAUUUUUAAGAAUUGAAAGCUAGAUAGGAUGAGGCAUGUAGACGGUGGCACCCAGAAGGGAAACAGAGGAGGAUGAGUAAGUGAUGUUUUAGCUGUUAUGUCCCUGGUAAAGUCUCUGGUAACUGCUUGUCCCACUUCCACUUAGACAUGAAAACCCCCAGCUACUCUGCCUAUUUUUACACAAGUGUUUUUUUUUAUUUUUAUUUUUUAUUUUGGUUUUUAAUUUUUAGUGGUAAAGUAUGGUUGUGGACAUGCGAAGGACUCACUUCCAGCUCUUGAGAGAAGCUCCUCAGGAAGUAUCUCAGUAUACUGAUGUUUGACCUGAGACCACAGCUGCCCGUUUUUGGCUUACAAACAGGAGAUGCAAUUUUUACGAUAUUUCUUAAAAGUUACCUUUUUUAAUUCUUUUUGUUAUUUGGGGCUUUGGCGGAGGGGGCCGGUCACUGUUAGGAAUGACACGAGGGUGGGUUGGGGCAUCAAAUAACUUUUUUUCUUUUUUUUUUUUUUUUUUGUCUUUUUGUUUACUCCACUGUAAAUAUUUUUUAUUUCAUUGUAAAGCCAAAUGUGGUUAUUGUAAAGGUGUAAAGUAGAAAAAUGCAUACUAAUGACUAUAGGGCGUUGACUCAGACGUAAUAAACUUGGAGAUAGGCGACUGUUGCCGUGCCAGCUGGGUCAUCCAACCCGUGUGAGUGAGUGCUACCCUAAAACAUCUAAGAUCAAUAAAGUCGCUUUUUCUGCUCUUUUUAAUUUGUUUUAUUCGGCUGCGCGUUCCAUAAAUCUCGACCAAUGCUUCAGGUUUUUCAGUAUCCCUGUUGGAGGGGAAAACCGGUUUAUUUGAUGCGACCUUCUCAUUAUUUAUCCCCACACCAACCUCGCGAUUAGAUCCGUCUGCUGGCGUGUGAGUGUGAGCGGAGUGCCCUGUGUAUAGUUGCGUUGUACAGGCCACCAUGACCCAGUGGCAUCGCAGUUGUAGAUUUGAGGUUGAUGUACAAGAAGAUGAAGCGAGAGGUAUUUCACAUUGUUGUGUACCAAUAUCCUGUACAGUUCUUUAACACUAUUUACAGUAUUUGUGUAUAUUUUAUGACGUAAUAAAAUGGAUAACGUUGC